AUGGUGGUGUUGCAGGUUAUGCUCAUUUUGCUGCAGAUACCUUUGGCUGAUCUUCACACACAUGUCGUUAAGUGCCCCAUCAGGGAACCUCUUCCUACUCCUCAGAGGUAUUACAAGAGAGGGAACUUCAUGAUUGGUGCAAGUAUGUCUCAAGUGAUACUAUUUUUGGAUGAUGAAUAUUCUUUCCAUGAAUAUCCUAUUUCAGAUUCUGGAUCUCCCAUCAUAGUGACAAAGAAUUACCAGCAUGUCCUGGCCUUGGUAUUUGCUGUUAAUGAGAUCAAUGGAAAUCCAAAGCUCUUACCCAAUGUUUCCUUGGGAUUCCACAUCUUGGAGAGUUACUUCAGUGCAAAAAGGAAUUAUUACACUGCCAUAGAACUUCUCUGCACAUUUGGUCAUUUUGUGCCCAACUUUGAAUGUGAAAUCCAUAGCAAUCUAAUAGCAGUCAUUGGGGGAUUAGGUGCUGAAGCAUCCUGCCAUUUGGCAGCCCUGUUGGACAUCUACAAGCUGCCACAGUUUAGCUAUGGUGAUUUUGCCCCCACGCUGAAUGAUCAGGCCAGUUCCCUCAUUAUAUAUCGGAUGGUUCCAGAUGAAGCCCAUCAAUAUAAUGGGAUUGUCCUGUUACUGCUACAUUUCAGAUGGACAUGGAUAGGUUUAGUAACCAUGGAUGAUGGCAAUGGAGAUGUUUUCCUGAAGAAUCUACUGCCAGUAUUUUUGCAGAGAGCUAUAUGUCCUGCCUUCAUAGGAAGGGUUUCCACAAUUCAUUCUUUUACAGACUACUUCAGUGUGCAAAACAGCUGGCAGGAAACAUAUAGUACUAUAAUGGGAAGCAAAGCCAGUGUUGUUGUUGUUCAUGGAGAAACCCAGGCCAUUAUGUGUUUGAGAGGGCUGCUGUAUCAAGGAGAAUCUUCUGACAAGGCAUCAUAUAGUAAAGUGUGGAUUAUGGCAGCUCAGAUGGAUAUCUCAGCAGUGAACACACAUAAGGGUUGGACUAUACAAAGCUUCCAUGGUGCUCUGGCCUUCACAGUUCACUCCCAGGAGGUCCCCAGAUUUCAAACAUUUCUUCAGAACUUAAGGCCUCAUGAUGCCCAGGGAGAUGGCUUCAUCCAGCCAUUCUGGGAGCAAGCCUUUGGUUGUUCUUUGGCAAAUGACGAGGGAAGCUGUACUGGAGAAGAGCGGCUUGAGAGUCUUCCUGGGCCUUUCUUUGAAAUGAGCAUGACUGGUCAUAGUUACAGCAUCUACAAUGCUGUCCAUGCAAUAGCAAACACUUUACAUGCCAUGCGAGCAUCUACAUCUUGGGUUAAGUUACACAGAGGGAGGCUGGAACAUCAAACUCUAAGGCCAUGGCAGCUCCAUCCCUUCCUGAGAAGCAUGAUGUUUAACAACAGUGCUGGUGAAACUGUAUUUUUAAAUAAGAAUGGGGAAUUUUCUGUGGGGUUUGACAUUACAAACCUAGUCACAUUCCCAAAUACCUCCUUUGUGAGAAUAAAAGUGGGGAAGAUGGAUCCUUGGGCUCGUCCAGGCAAAGAAUUUGAAGUUGAUGAAGAUGCCAUUACGUGGCCUACUUAUUUUAAUCAGGUGAUGCCACUUUCUCUCUGUAAUGACCACUGCUGUCCAGGUUAUCAAAAGAAAAAGAAGGAAGGGGAGCCAUUUUGCUGCUAUGACUGUGUUCCAUGUCCAGAAGGGAAGAUUUCAGACCAGCCAGACGUGGAUUCCUGUUCUCCAUGCCACCAAGAUCAGUAUCCAAACACUAAGCAAGAUAAGUGUACUUCCAAGGCUGUCACCUUUUUGUCUUAUACAGAACCUCUGGGCAUCAGUUCAGUGGCUUUUGCUUUUUUCUUUGCUUUGAUCACAGUUGGGGUGCUAGGGACCUUUGUCAAGCACCACAACACUCCCAUCGUCAAAGCAAAUAACCGGAAUCUCAGCUACAUGCUCCUCGUCUCCAUCCUGCUCUGCUUCCUUUGUACUUUACUCUUCGUCGGCCAGCCUGAGAAAAUGAUGUGCCUCCUCCGACAAAUGGCUUUUGGCGUUGUCUUCUCAGUGGCUGUGUCUUGCGUGCUGGCAAAAACAGUCAUUGUGGUUCUUGCGUUCAUGGCUACCAAACCAGGGGGCAGGAUAAGGAAAUGGGUCGGGAAAAGACUGACCAACUCCAUUAUUGUUGUGUGUUCCCUUAUUCAAGUAGGCCUGUGUAGUGUGUGGCUGACAACCUCUCCUCCGUUCCCAGAUGCUGAUAUGCGCUCGCACAUGAAAGAAGUUGUCCUGGAAUGUAAUGAGGGGUCCGUGGCUAUGUUUUACUGUGUCUUGGGUUACAUGGGCUUCUUGGCCCUUGUCAGCUUCACUGUGGCUUUUCUAGCUAGGAAUUUACCUGGCAGUUUUAAUGAAGCCAAAUUCAUCACUUUCAGCAUGUUGGUGUUCUGCAGUGUUUGGUUAUCCUUUGUCCCAACCUAUCUGAGCACUAAGGGGAAAUACAUGGUUGCUGUUGAAAUUUUUUCAAUCCUAGCUUCUAGCGCAGGACUUCUGGGUUGCAUCUUCUUCCCGAAAUGUUACAUUAUUAUUCUGAGACCUGAAGUGAACAAAAAAGAAAUGGUAAUAAGAAGAUAG